UCCCCCCCCCCCGCCUUCUUCUUGCAAUGCCAGGAGUCCCUGCGGGGUACCGGAAGUAAUGCUCGAGGAGCGUUCCCGGAACUGAGAGUGUGCAAGCAGGGCAUAGGGGCAGAGGGAGAGAAUCUUCAGCAGGCUUCGUGCUCAGUGGGGAGCUCAAUGCAGAGCUCCAUCCCACGACUCUGGGAUCGUGACCUGAGCUGAAAUCAAGAGUCAGACGCUCAACCAACUGAGCCAACCGGGCACCCCAGUUUCACCUGAUUUCUGUAUGUUGUUAUCUCGUGUACGCCACAUUCCCACAAGAGUCCAGUUUGUUCAUUCCCAGAUCUGCAGUUCUUACCGUUCCUUCAUGGAUUUGAAGGUUCUCCUUUCCUCCUUGAAUGACUUUGCAUCCCUCUCACUUGCUGAGAGUUGGGACAAUGUUGGAUUAUUGGUGGAACCAAGCCCACCACACACCGUGAACACACUCUUCCUUACCAAUGACUUGACGGAGGAAGUGAUGGAGGAGGCGCUGCAAAAGAAGGCAGAUCUCAUUCUCUCCUACCAUCCGCCUAUUUUCCAACCCUUGAAGCAUAUAACCUGGAAAACCUGGAAGGAGCGCCUGGUGAUCCGGGCCCUGGAAAACAGAGUCGGUAUUUACUCUCCUCACACAGCCUAUGAUGCUGCACCCCAGGGAGUCAAUAGCUGGUUGGCUAAAGGCCUUGGAGUUUGCACCUCCAGGCCCAUUCAUCCUUCCAAAGCUCCCAACUACCCGACGCGGGGAACGCACAGAGUAGAGUUCAGUGUUAACUGCACCCAACACCUGGAGGAAGUCAUUUCUGCAGUGAAAGAAAUUCCAGAUGUUUCUGUCACUUCUUUUUCUACUAGGACUGAUGAUGAAGAACAAACUCGGAUUAGUCUGAAUUGUAGUCAGGAGGCUUUGUUAGAGGUGGUGACUUUUCUUUCCCAGAACAGACAAUUCUAUCAGAAGACUGAAAUUAUGUUACUGGAGAAGCCUCUACUUCCACAAACUGGGAUGGGACGGUUGUGCACACUGGAUGAGCCUGCGUCCUUGGCAACCAUGAUUGAGCGAAUCAAAAGGCACCUCAAACUAGCUCGUGUUCGCCUUGCUCUUGGGGUAGGAAGGACCUUAGAGUCUCCAGUUGAAGUCGUGGCCCUGUGCGCUGGUUCUGGGAGUGCCGUGCUGCGGGGGGCAGAGGCUGACCUUUACCUCACAGGUGAGAUGUCCCAUCAUGAUGUUCUGGAUGCUGCAUCCCAAGGAAUAAGUGUCAUCCUCUGUGAACACAGCAACACUGAACGAGGCUUUCUUUCUGACCUUCGAGUUAUGCUGGGUGCUCACUUGGAAAAUAAGAUUGAUAUUAUCCUGUCAGAAAGAGACAGGGACCCUCUUCAUGUGAUAUAAAGCAUACAGGAACAACAGCACGACACAGUCGACACAUCAGUUUGCUCCCUACUUGAAUGCAUAACGGGAAUCAGAAUUAGUAUCUGUCUGGAAGAGUGUCUUAGAAUGUACAUUUUUCCUGGUUUGUAAAUCUGCUUCACCACAUAGUCUGUAGCUUGUAUGGAAAAAGCAUAAUGUAACUACUAUUAAUAAAUAUUCAUUAUAAGAUGAAUUAAGAUUAUGAUACAAUGUGAAGUACAUAUUCAUAAACUCCAGGAAGAUUACCUAACAUUCUUGGUAAGUAGCUUCUCCUUAGCUUAAUUAUAUAUGAGAUCUGUCAUUUGAGACCUCUCUGCCCUUGGUUAGUUUAAAAACUUGAGAUGGAACCCUGAUUUCUAGGUAGCCUUUAGGGGGCGUUAAGGUCUGUCUGUAUAUUUCUGUUCACAGAUCACUCUCACCUAAAUUUCAGAAUCAGGAUUACGUUUUUUGUGUUUUUUCUUAAGAUACAUGAUUAUUUAUAACUAUUGUUUCAUUGCUUUUGGGUAACUCACCUGAAAUUUUAUUAGUAAUACAUAAAAGAUGGCUAGCUUUCAAAAUAAUACCAGUUAUCAUAUAAUAUUAAUUCUGUGCUAGGCCCUCUCAGGGCUGUUAUAAACAGUUUCAAUCCUUAUAAAUAAUAUAGAUAUUGUUAUUUCCAUUUUACAGAUGAGUAAACUGAAACAGAGGUUAAGGUGUUUACCCAAAGCCACAUAGAUGGGGAGUGAAGGAGUUAGGACACAAAGGAAACCUGGGCUCCACAGUCUGUGUUCUUUACAUCUUAAUCAACAUUGAUGAUAAAACUGAUACAGGAGUUAAGUAAGGAAUCCUGAAGGAAAAGAAGCCUGUUUUCAGUGUUUUAUCUGGCUGGUAUGGAAGGUUUUACAUUUGAAUGCUUGUAUUCCUAUUUCCAGUUUCUCUGCUGAGCUUUUUUCUUUGGUAAUGAUGAAAGCAAAUCUUGUAAAAUGCUGUCUGAGAAAAGAUUUUACAUUUCUUUUGUAGGACCCUUUUUCUACCAAUCAUCUCCUGGAAGAUUUGUGAUCCUGCCUUACAAAUGAUUCUUGGUUGUUGUAAUAUUGAUUCACUACAGAAAUAACCAAUAGGACUGAGCCUUAAAAAAAUGCCCCCAAUUAGAGAGUCUUUGGAGGAGCCGAGAGAGGAGGUGGGAGAAUCAGCAAAGCGUCAGGAGCCAAGUAGAAUGCUUAGACGAGGGAUGGUCGAUGUCAAAGUAGAGAGAAUGAGACAGCAGACGGCUUUGAGAUACCAGCUUAAUGGCACUUGCCUAAGUCAUUGUUUGUGUCCUGUGUGCUGGGCCCAUAGAGAAGUGGGGAGAAUAGGACAGAAAUUCGGAUGAUACUUUCGAGUAUACUGUAAUUAACUCUGCUAAGGAUAUGCAGAGUGUUUACAGGGAAAGUUUUCUGAGGAAUGAGGAUAGGAUUCAGUCAAGAGGUACAGCUUGAACAAACACCAAGUAAAGAGAAACCACACGAUGCCUGGAAGAAGCCCACGGAAUUAAUUUGUUGGCCGAAAGCAGGAGGCAUGGAAGGUGUGGUUAGAGAUGGUGCUUACGAACUAGCCUGGAGCCAGUAGUUUCUCAGACUUUUUUUCUCUUUAUGGCGCACUUUAAGGCAGGACAUUGUUUCACAUUGACUCGCGCUAAAGGUUGUAGAUGAAUUCCUUUGGAUAGAGUUCCAGAAGGGACUUAAUGGAUCAAAGAAUUCAUGAUUGGACAUACUAAUUGCUAAAUAGUUUCUUUUUUUUUUAGAGAAGGACAUUGGGGUGCCCAGGUGGCCCAGUUGGUUUUAGGGGCCACAGACCCUCAUGACUUUGUCAUCUCUGUUGGCUACUCAGGACUAGGCUGGAAGAGUCUUCUCAUCUAGAAUGUAGGAAAAUACAUUCUGAACAAUGUUACUGGCUCCACAUUUGAAUCGGGGAAAACAGACUUCUAUAAACUUAAAUGGCACAUGGCCUAAAUGGAUCCUUGUGACCCAUCAUAGAACCUCCAUUUGUUUCCUACAGUUGACCCAAAGGUGUACUUGUCCUGAAGUAAACAAGAGGAAUAUCAUAUCCUGGCCUACUUAAAAAGAAGCUUUUUUUAUGGACUUCUAAGGAAAAUCUAGGAGUUUAAGGAAGAGUUCUAAAGAAGAAUCUAAGGAAAGAAAAUGCAAUUAUUAUUUACAAGGAGUACUUGUAAAGUCCUUACAACACAAAAUACCUGUGCAUUAAAAAGUAUCAAAGUGGUAUAGGACAAGUCUAGCUGAUCCAGUAGACUGCGGAAAGUACCCAUAUGAUCGAGGACUUCUUCUGUUAUAGAAUUCAGGAUCUAUAUCAUGAAAGUGCAAGAGGAAAGAAGCCAUUGAUGACAACAUGAAUGGAAUCUUGCAGCACAGCGGAUCGAAACCUUUCUAGUAAAUCUCUUUUAGAACCCAAACCAAAAAGCACAAUGUUGAACCCCAGGCUGUUAGGAAAGACAGCAUUCACGAAGUUAAAGUUCAGUACCUCUUACUUAAUUUUGAAUCAAGUUAUAAAAAAAUACAGAAAGAACUAGGAUGACUAAAGAACUACAUUUAUUCCCAAUUUAUACAAGGACAUCGACAUGGAUGUUGUAUGCCUCCAGUAUACAGUGAUGUAACUGUAUGUGCUGCUGAGGAGUGAAUCUGGGCUGGAGAUACAUCAUGGAAGUUAGUCACAUGCAAAAAGCAAUCAAAGCCCGGAGAGUCAAUGAGAAGAUCCUGAACACCAAAGCACCGGGGGGCGGCGGGGGGUCAAGCUGAAUCUCAACUCCAUGAUUGUUUACAGAGGCCCAUCAGAAACAUUUAUGUGAUGCUCUGUAGCAAUGAGAGGCAGCCUAGAAAUAGAAGAAAAGCUAACCCUCAAAGUAGAGAUUAGCAAGGUAGCAGCAGCAGAAAAAAGUAAGGGAAUUCAGAGAGUUGACGGUUCUGUUGAAGUAGUUGACUGAGGUCUAGGCUGGGAAGCAAAGCCAAACAAGUCGUCAGAGGUGACAUACUGGAAGGAGGGACUGGUGGGUGCUGGGGGAGGGAUCAGAGUAAAGAGCUACUUUACAAAUUUAUGAACAACAGAUCUAUAAAUAGUUAUUAAGAGAAGCUGAGGUCUUAGCAGGGGAGAUAGGCAUAACCCUUUGCUGUACUACUGGCAAAAGAAAGCCAGGGAUCAAUUGAGGAAAAUUAUAUCAAUUUCUAGUUUUA